UUGGGCUUCAUUCUCGCGGGAUAUCUUACCAUUUUUUGUCAAAAGAAUCCAUGCGUAGUGGCAUGGAUAUUGGCCCUUGACGGCAUUUUGUAUUUGAUCACUACCUCACUGGAAGCUGCGAGCAGAUUUCAUCCGGGUAAUUUGAAGCAAUUCAUCCAGAUGGAAAAGGCCACAGCUGGUCUGGGCAUCGCAACUUUGAUAUUGUUCUUUUGCUUUCAUGUCGUUUCUGUGAGCUCCUUGGCGAAGCGUUACGAUUCGAGGAUUGUCCCGGUCGUUUCAGUUCUGCUGACUCCCAUAGCGGGCAUUGCACUUGCCUUCGAUAUCCUUGCACUGUGCGCUAUUUCUUAUGAGGAGAUGCCGGAUGGAAUCAGAGCCGGGGCUGCUGAUAUCCAAAACUUUUUGGAUCCUUCCAUUAAAGCACUUGCCGCAAUGUUGUCUUUCAUGAGCAUAACAACUCUCACUCACAUCCUCCUUCAUUAUCUGCUACGCAGACGUAACUCUCAACAUAAAAAGAAGAAAGAAGCCCGACACCAGAAAGCCAUUAGCAGCUUCUCAAGCUCCACAAUUGAAGAUGAUAAACGUAGUCUGGAAAGCAAAGAACCUCUCCGUCGUUAUCUUGAUACAUUCAUACCUUCCACACUACUGGCUAUCAUCAAAACUUCACUCACACUCUCCCCAGAUAAUACAAUCAUCGAACGAAGGAUCCUUGGGCUAGUAGAAUACAUCACUUACGUUAUAGUAGUAGUAUGUUGUCUGAGGUCUCGGCAAGCAGAAAGGGUUGAACGUGAUAACUUCUUUGGCCGCAUUACAUCGAACCCAUCUUACGCCCGCUCAACUGGAAGUGAAGAACUUUUGGUACCUCCACAAAUUCCGCGGAGUCAUUCAAUCUUGCAAAGGGCCCCGAUGGCUAGUAUCGGGGUCGGAUCGUACAACUCGACCUCCGUUGUUCCGCGCUCAGUUCGACCGAAGCCACGAGAAAGAAAAUCACCACCACAAACACGAAACAAAUUGAGGAUGAGCUACGCAACCCAAAGUGCAUUCUCUUCCCUGGCACCGGAAGAUUCAGCGUCAACGGCUGCUUUUCUUCCUCGGCCACCCCCACCUCCACUUCACUUGCGCACACGCACAUCACACGGGCCAAAUGGCUCGGAACUGGCACCCUUGCGGGAGGAUCUUGUAGAGAAAUUCAAUGAAUCUGCAGAAAGGUUUGACCAGCAGACUGCAUCAUAUCUAACUCGCUAAAUUCUGUUCUGUGUCAUUAUCAUGUCUCUGUCCUUUUUUCAGGCACAGGAGCAAACAGCUCGUACUUUUCUUCUCUUUGGUAUCUUAGCUUUUUCAGGUCUCAAACUGUACAUUUCCUCUUUUAACAUCAUUCUGCAAUACCGUACUGUAACAUGCAGGGUGUGAGUUCAAAUGACUACAUUUCCUGAAUCAAUGAUCAAAUAUCAGCUCGUUUCUCCUUCCGCCAAAUUUCACUGUGUGUUCAUCUUGCUUCUAGGUUAUCAUUG